AUGCUCGACAGCGAUCAUGUUCAGCUCUUGGACAUCACAACGACUACUGAGCAGAGAGAUGUUCCGACUGAAGCCAAUAAUACCUGCGCAAGUUUUGAGCGCGGUCUACGCUUCUGGCUCAUUAUCGCUACACUAUGUUUAAUGAGUAUUCUUGGAGCACUUGAAAAUACGGUCGUGACAACCUCCUUGCCCUACAUAACCAAGAAGUUGGAUCUUGGGGAGAACUAUAUAUGGGUAGUCCAUGUAUUCUUUCUGACAAAUGCUGCCGUGCAGCCGUUCUUCGGCCAACUAGCCGACAUAUUUGGACGCCGAUGGAUUACUAUCAUUAUAGUUUCGCUCUUCACUCUAGGUAGUGGUAUCUGCGGCGGGGCUAACAAUGGGACCAUGUUGAUUGCAGGGAGGGCCGUUCAGGGAAUGGGCAGCGGAGGUAUCGGCAUGAUAGUGGAAGUUAUCAUCUCAGAUGUGGUGCCCCUGCGGCAGCGCGGAAGCUACAUGUCAUAUAUACUGGUGGUCAGUUUCAUCGGAACGGUGCUAGGCCCUUGGAUCGGCGGGACUAUGGUUGAUCAUGCAAGUUGGAGGUGGAUAUUCUACAUCAAUCUUCCUAUUGGAGGAACAUGUCUUCUCAUGAUCAUACUGUUCCUCCAGGUCCGUUACAGAAACCAGGUGACCUUCUCUCAGAAAAUCCGGCGAAUCGACUUCAUUGGCAAUGUUAUCCUGAUAUCUGCUACCACGUCGAUUCUGUAUGCACUCUCGUACGGUGGUGCCAGAUAUAAGUGGUCAUCUUGGCGAAUAAUACUCCCCCUGGUUUUAGGUUUUGUCGGCUUCAUCGUCUUCAUGGUCUUUGAACGUUCUCCUUGUGGCCGAGAUCCUGUGGUGCCCCCACGCCUAUUCCGCAGUCGCACGUCUAAAGCAAUUUUCGCAAUCACUUUCUUAACCUCUGCCCUCCUGUUUUGGGUUAUGUUCUUCCUCUCCGUGUACUACCAGGCGGUACUAGGGAGUUCUCCUGAGCGUUCUGGCUUGCAGCUAGCAUUGAUCAUUGUCACAGGGGUUCCAGCAGCCCUCGUGGCUGUUUCUUUGCUCACCCGCUUUGGCCGGUACAAGGCCUUGCAUAUACUCGGUAUUGGGGUCUGCAUGAUUGGUCUGGGCUUGUUUACCCUAUUUGACGCAGAAACACCCACGGUGGAGUGGGUUAUCUUCCCUAUGAUUGUUGGCGCUGGUGCUGGCCUCGUCUUUAACACUCUCCUCCCAGCCUGCCAGGCCGGAAUCCCUGAGAGCGACCAGGCAGCCAUGACCGCCACUUGGUCAUUCUUGCGUGGUUUCGGCAGCAUCUGGGGUGUGGGCAUAUCGACGGCCAUAUUCAACAGCCGAUUCGGUAAUUUAGCGGGCAGGAUCCCGGAUGUCCAAGUGCAGCAGCUAUUGUCGCGGGGGCAUGCCUAUGAAUAUGCAUCCGCAGAAUUUUUGCAUUCGUUCAACCCAGAGUUCCGGCAAAUCAUCGUGAGCGUCUAUGCGGAUAGCUUGAAACAAGUGUGGCAGAUCGCAAUUGGUUUCAUGGGAUUUGGAUUCUUACUGGCGUUUUUAGAAAAGGAGAUUCCUCUGCGAACGGAUCUGGUGACUGAGUACGGGCUGGAGAGAACAAGCCAGGUAGUACAACUAGAGAGAGAUAGAGGGGGGAGGGAGGAGAGUAGGGGCCAUAUUAGCAUGGAGUCUUUUAUUGAAGAAUAA